CUUCRAAGAUAGAAAAACAGGGCUUUCUUUCUCGCGACCGAAAUCAAGAUUUAAAAAGGAUGUUUUGAUUAAAAAAAGGUACUUUUCUAAUUCUGUUAUACCCUGKUUGACAGGUCAGAAGUAGAGAGGCAGCGUGUCGGCGAUGAGGGGUCGCGCAUGGAUGGAUUUCUGUUUCCUCUUUGGGCUCGUGUUUCUUGCUGGUCCAACUUACAGUAGAAUUUUACAAGUGUUCAUACCAGAUUCCAAAAGUACUGUACCGCAUUCAGCGCUAGAGUCACACAAYAAAUACCGCAGCAUCCAUCACUCUCCUCCAUUAAACUGGUCAGAUUCGCUCGCUGAUCAAGCACAAGCUAUAGUCGAUAGCAUGGCGAGGGGUGGGUCGUUCUCGUCUGGCCAGCGAAAUAUGGCUGUUAAUUUGGGUCAAAACCUCGCUAAGCUUGCAGGUUUCAUGACAUGUGACGAUGCUGGAGAGAUAGCAACCAACCUCUGGUACAGCCAAGCUAAAAACUACAGCUACUCAGACCCUAGACUGAAUGCUGACACAGACACCUUUACACAGGUAGUAUGGAAGGACAGUAAGGAGUUAGGAGUCGGAUGUGCUCGAACCCCUACGAACCAGUCUGGUCCAGUCUACAUAGUAGCACUCUACCGCCCGGCCGGAAACAUUCCCAGAAUGCUCCGCCAGAACGUCCUAGCACCAGGUGUAAAAGGCAAUGAUCCAGAUGUAUAUUCUACACUAUUCAGACGAAACUUUAAGAAACCAAAGAGAAGUAAACUGAAUUUGCCCUAGCAAAAAUAAUCUAGGAAUUAUUUGUGAUUUCUUGAGGUACAGGUCUCGAGGUACGAUUUUAUCGAACGGGAUUCCUGUGGACAAAGGAAGCCCAAUACUAGUUUAACCAGAUAUAUAUAAUGUAUAUUGAAGUUUUGAUAGAAGCAUCGGUCUUCUUAAUCAUARAUAGGAUGGCUAUAUUUGUAUUUCCAUAAUGAAGCAGGGAUUCGUUGAUUUAUUCAAGUCGUGUUUUGAUYAGGAUUUAUCUCAUAGCCAUUCAUUUGUUAAUAAAUAAACAAAUAAACCAUCCAGGUGACGACCUAAAUGUAUCAUUUUUGGUGGGUUAAAUUUCAGAGUAGCGUUGAAUAAAAAUUGCCUACGCCUGA